GACAACACAAUAUUAACAUGGGUCGACAUAGGCCUAUGUCCACGGGAGUGAAACGGCUACGAUUUUGUUAUAUGUGAAUAAUAGGGUUACAUCAUAUAAAAUAACCCUAGCCCGUACAAGAUUUUAGGGAAAAACCCAAAAAUACCCCUGUAUUAUUCAAGUGUAUAUAUACUCCACUCUAUAUGAGCCCGCAUAUUACAACAAUCAGUUCCUGCAGUUUACAAGGAAAUCUUGAUCAAAAUUACCAGGUUAAUGAAGAAGAAGAAAAUGUACUCAGGUGUGUCGUUGGAACCCUCGACUUGAGCCUCAGAUACUUGUCACAUGGACAGACAUUUCCAGGGGAACAAGUAAAAGCGCCUUUUUUCUGCCUGAUUGAUCGAAAAGGCUUGAGCAGAUAUGGCUACAUUGCGAACUUGUGCGUAGCAAAAUCAGCACGUCGACAGGGUAUUGCAAGCAGGAUGAUGCAAUUUGCUAUCAUGUCUGCAAAAAAACAAGGUGCAGAGCAAGUGUUCGUUCAUGUGCAUAGACAUAACACCCCUGCUCAACGACUGUAUCAAAAGAUGGGUUUUGAGGUAAUAUCUCUUUGUAUGACCGCUCCACUCUGUUGCUUAGCUAAUGGUAUCAAACUGUAUCGAUCACCCGACUGUUGCGUCAGCUAGUGGUGUCAGAAGUGAGUAGACCACAUAUAUAAAUAGAAGAAUCAUGCUACAUGUACAGGGUUUGCCAAACAUUUUGACGAGGGACCGGUGGCAGCACUGCAUUGGUCUGUUUAAAUUUGUUUUUUAUCCAAUAAAGUGCUGCCAUUUGGCACUCUGGCAGGGGCUUAACUCAUAAAUAGAAGUUGAGAGAUAAAUGGGAAAUUUUAUCCACCGUGAAAUUUCAACCGAGUCACUAAACUUAAAUUUGUCUCGUUGAAAUUCUAUUUGAUUUUAAAUUUCAUCAUUUUGUCACGUUCCAUCAC